AUGUCGUCUGCUGAGAACAACGAGAAGAAAUUGUGGCUCGAAGCCGAAUCUUUGAGACGCAUCGCGUUUUUUGGAAUCUGCAUUAGGUGAGUUGGGGGGUUGAGGAAAGUUAGGCUAAGUUUAAAAAGGACCUGACGAAGAACCUGAGUUAGGGUAAUUUAAUUUUAGAACUAAUUUACUUGGGUUUUAGCUUAGUUUCUUAAAGCUUUGGGUGAGGGUAACUUAAGCCUGAAUAUAAACCAAGUCUUAUAUUAGGCCCUAAGUUCAGGCUUAGGCUUGAGCUUAGUCUUUAGACUGAAUCAUAGGCUUAGGGUUGAGCUUUAAGUAUAGCCUUUAGGCUUAGCUUAUGGUCAAGCUUAGGUUUAGUCCCAUUUUUGAACUUAGCUUGAGUUAGACUAACUUAAACCCUAAUAUUUCCUGAUUUAAGUUAAGGUAACUUAAAAAGCCCGAAUUCAGGCCGGCCCUUAGAUAAAGCCUAUUUUCAGACCUAUCUUCAUUCUUACACUUAACCUGAGUUAGGCCAAAUUAAGGACAGCAAAAAAAUACCUUUCAUUGUUUUUCUCUUGUUUUUGUUUUUUUAACAACAUUUUGUUAUCAGAUCAAGUUUUUUGUGGGUAGCAGCUAUUACACUUUUGAAAAUACAAAAAAUUGUUUUUCAGCACCGUCGCCACAUUGACCGCAAUUGUUGCAAUUCCAUCGUUGUACAACUAUAUGCAACAUGUUCAAUCGACUCUUCAGACUGAGGUGUGUACAAAUUUCAGGAAAAAAAUGUUGGAAAUGAAAAUGCCACGUGGCAAGAGUUAAGAUCUGGAUUCAGAAGUUGAAAAGCCACGUGGCAUUUGAGAAUCUAAAAAUUAUAUUUGAAAAUAUGCUACGUGAAAUUUCGGAACAGAAAUUCAAAAUGAACAAUCUGCUAGAUAGAACUUUAAACUGAAAUUUUCGACACGUGGUAAUUUUGAAUCUAGUUUUUCAGAACUCAAGAUUCAUGAGUUAAUUUUCAGAAGAUUAGUAAGAAUAUCUAAUCCACGUGGCAAAAAUACUCAAUUUUUUUUGUAGAUGAAAAAUGCUUCGGGUUACUGUAGAGCAGAAAUCCACGUGGCAAAACACCGCUAGACACUAGAAAAUUCCAAAAUUUUUGUAGAUCAAAAAAUGCUCAGGGCUACUGUAGCUCUACAAAUCCACGUGGCAAAAAAAUCCUAGACACUAGAAAAUUCAAAAAACGUUUUUGAUGAUCAAAAACUGUUCCAGGUUACUGUAGCUCAACAAUUCCACGUGGCAAAACAACGCUAGACACUAGAAAAUUCAAACAUUUUUGUAGAUAAAAAAAUGUUCCGGGUUACUGUAGAGCAGAAAUUCCACGUGACAAGAUAAAUAUUCAAAAAUUAGGUAACAAAAAAUCUUGAAGUUUAAAAAUUCCAAAAGUUUUGUAGAUCAAAAAUUCUCUGAUUUUCUGUGUCUAAAAAAAUCCACGUGACAAAAGGAACAUUUAAAAAAUAUUCCACAAUUUCUGUAGAUCAAAAAUGUUUCGGGUUACUGUAGAGCAGAAAUUCCAUGUGUCAAAACACCGCUAGACACUAGAAAAUUCCACAAUUUCUGUAGAUCAAACAUGCUUCAGGUUACUGUAGAGCAAAAAUCCAAAUUUAAUUUCUAGGUCGAUUUCUGUCGCCACCGUACCAACGGUUUGUUCGAUCAAUACGAGCGUCUUCAACAAAUCAAAGGUGUGCGCGGAAAAUUGAUCAUCAAACGUCAAGCGGGCUACGAUGCUCCAGCUGACGCUGCCGUCGAAUCCGCACCAGUCUCAAGCGGUGGAUCAUGCUGCUCAUGCAAAUCGGGAGCUUCAGGACCACCAGGACCACCAGGAACUGACGGAGCCAACGGAAAAGACGGACAACCUGGACCAGACGGUCAACCAGGACAAGACGCCUCACCCGAAGAUGUUCCAACCGCCGCCGAUUUCUGCUUCGAUUGUCCAGCCGGACCACCAGGACCAGCCGGAAAUCCAGGACCAAAGGGACCAAACGGUAACAAUGGCGCUGAUGGUCAACCAGGAUCUAACGGACAAGCCGGAGCUCCAGGAGCCCCAGGAGCACCAGGACCAGCUGGACCAGACGGACAACCAGGAAACGCCGGAGCUCCAGGAGCACCAGGAACAGUUGAGGAGGUUGCUGUGCCAGCUGGACCAGCAGGACCAGCCGGACCAGCUGGAGCACCAGGAGCUGAUGGAGCACCAGGAGCACCAGGACAAGCCGGACAACCAGGACCACAGGGACCGGCCGGAGAUGCUGGAAGCGAUGGAGCCGCCGGACAACCGGGAGCCGCUGGAGAACAAGGACCAGCUGGAGAACCAGGAGCUGGAGGCGGUUGCGAUCAUUGUCCACCACCAAGAACCGCUCCAGGAUAUUAG